UCCCGCCCCGCGCGGCCCCUCAGCGCCGCCCGCCAUGUUCGCGGAGCUGAACGAGCUGCUCGGGGCCUCCCCGGAGCGCCCGGACGCGGGUAAAUUCACACUGCUGCGAGACACCCGGACAGAUGGCAGCUUCCUGGUGCACCACUUCCUCUCCUUCUACCUCAGAGCUGGCUGCAAGGUUUGCUUUGUGGCCCUGCUCCAGUCCUUCAGCCACUACAACAUCGUGGCGCAGAAGCUGGCACUGUGCCCCUGGCUGCUGUGGCCUUUCUCUGUCUCCCAGGCAGGCCCUGGUGUCACAGCACCGAAGGAGGGGACACUUCUUGCAGAUCUGGGGUACAGAGAGUUUGUGUGUGCAGGAAGAAAUGGCUGAAGCAAAGGGAGUCAGUCUGGCAGCUGCCAAGGAGCGGGGACAGCUUGUCUUCCUGGAGGGCCUCAAGUCCUGCCUUGACCUCCUGUUUGGGGAGGAGGAGCAGCCAGGACAGCCCAGUCCUCUGCAGUUUCUGAGCGGGAGCACGUGUGACCUGCGAGCCUUGUUUGACUUUGUCCGGGUGUCCCUGAGCGCCGCUGAUUCCUGGAAAGGCCCCGUGCUGCUGGUGGAUGACCUCAGUGUCCUGCUGAGCCUGGGGGCUGCGCCGGUGGCCGUGCUGGACUUCAUCCACUACUGCCGCGUGUGCGUGUGCUGCCAGCUGAAGGGGAACGUGGUGGUGCUGGUUCACAGCAACGAGGAUUCGGAAGAUGAGGAGAACGAACUGGUUGUGAACUCCCUGUGUCAUCACAGCGACCUCAUCCUGUGGGCAGAGGGGCUGGCCACUGGCUUCUGCAAGGAUGUUCACGGGCAGAUCAAGAUAAUCAAGAGAUUGUCCUUGCGGCAGGCGGCGGAGCAGGAUCUGGUGCAGAUCUACCAGUACAAGAUCCAGGACAGGAACGUCACCUUUUUCGCGCGGGGGCUGUCGGCUGCAGUCCUGUGACAGCGCAGAGCCCGGCAGUGUCAGUCCCUGCCUCUGCAGAAGCACCACCAGCACCUCUGAGGAGCAGCACAGCCAACUGACCCGGGAGGGAAGCUCAGACACACCUGGCAGUGGUGCCAACGUGGGAUCAGCCUGCCUGGGGCCUGCUGCAUCCCUUUGUCCUCCCACCCCGUUCCCAACACGCUCAGGCCAAGAAAGGGAGCAAGAACUUGCAAGAAUGGCCCUUAGAGCAUGUAAAUACAGGCAGGGGGUGCCCUGCAGGCUGGGUGUGCCUCGCCUCACCCUUUCCGGUGUGUUGGGCACAGCGUGGCAGUGCCAGGCACUGCACGGAGGGAGCACCCCUCCCUCCCGCUGGCACGGGAGGAGAUGACACACAGCGGGUGGAGCAGGGAUGGUCCAGGAGCCUGGCGCAAUCCUCUCCUUGCUCCCAGCUCUGGCUGGCAGAGAUUUGCCCAACUCCCAGCUUCCAUGCAGUUGGAAAAUCCACAGCUCGUGUAUAGCCCUCACCUGGCUCUGCUGAGACCUGGGUUCUGCUGUGCUUUAUCCCCUGCGGCUUCCCAAGCUCAUCCUGGGCUUUGUGCUUGGAUAAACCCCUCUGGGAGCCUGUCUCAGCCACUGCUUCCUCAUCCCAACCCUGACUAGCAGUUACAUGACCUGUCUGUGCUGAAGCAGAUUUUCUAUUAAUAAUCUGUAAUUUUAGUGAGAUAAGGAUACAGUGAUUGAGUAA